AUGGAGGCAGGCGGCGGGGCCGGCGCGGGAGCCACGGGCUGGAGCUGCCCCAGCCCAGGACCCACAGUAACCACUUUAGGCGCUUAUGAGGUAUCUGAGGGUUGUGAGAGGAAGAAAGGCCAACGCUGGGGGUCCCUGGAACGCCGUGGGAUGCAAGCUAUGGAGGGGGAGGUGUUACUUCCAGCUCUGUAUGAGGAGGAAGAAGAGGAGGAGGAAGAAGAGGAAGAGCUCGAAGAAGAUCAAGUAAAGAAAGGAGGGAGUUUGGGUUCCCUGUCCGUGAGCAAGCACCGGGGCCUGAGCCUCACAGAGACUGAGCUGGAGGAGCUAAGGGCUCAGGUGCUCCAGCUGGUGGCAGAGCUGGAGGAGACCCGUGAGCUCGCUGGGCAGCAUGAGGAUGACUCCCUGGAGCUUCAGGGGCUCCUGGAAGAUGAGCGGCUCGCCAGUGCCCAGCAGGCAGAAGUAUUCACCAAGCAGAUCCAGCAGCUUCAAGGUGAGCUGCAACAUCUGCGAGAGGAGAUUUCCCUGUUAGAGCGUGAAAAAGACAGUGAACUUAAAGAAAUAGAGCAGGAGUUGCAUUUGGCUCAGGCGGAGAUCCUGAAUCUGCGGCAGGCUGCAGCAGAUUCCGCAUCUGAGCAUGAGAGCGACAUCGCAUCCUUGCAGGAAGAUCUCUGCCGGCUGCAGAAUGAACUUGAGGAUAUGGAGCGCAUUCGAGGGGAUUAUGAGAUGGAGAUUGCCUCACUCCGUGCGGAAGUGCAAUUGAAGACAUCUGAACCAUCUGAUUUAAGUGUCUCAGACUUCUCUGGGAUACAAGAAGAACUACACCAACUUCGGGAGCGCUACCACUUCCUGAAUGAGGAGUACCAGGCCUUGCAGGAGAGCAACAGCAGCCUCACUGGGCAGCUUGCUGAGCUGGAGAGCGAUAGGACGCGAAGAGCAACAGAACGAUGGUUGGACUCCCACAUGCUAAGGAGCAUGAUGUCAGCAGAGUCUCAGACUUCAGAACUGGAUUUCCCAGAGCCUGAUCCUGAGAUGCAGCUUUUGCGCCAGCAGCUGCUGGGAGCUGAGGAACAGAUGCAGGGCAUGCAGACCAAGUGUAAGGACUUGUGUUGUGAGUUGGAAGAGCUCCAGCAUCAUGCCGGGGUCAGUGAGGAGGAGCAGAAGAGGCUGCAGAGGGAGCUCAAGUGUGCCCAGAAUGAGGUGCUUCGAGUAACUUGCUUUACCACAUCCUCCCGACUGCAGAAUGAGGAACUGAAGAGCAGGCUCUGUGUCCUGCAGCAAAAGUAUGAUGCUAGCCAGGAUGAGCAGAAUGAGCUUCUGAAGGUGCAGUUGCAGCUUCAGUCUGAGCUCCGGCAGCUGAAAAGUCUCAGAUCCACACCUGUAGAGAGCCCAAGUGAGAAGGAGUUAAGGUGCCAGCUCCAGAAGCUGCCAGGUCCCAGCACCACAAGCAGUAUGUGUGAGAAGGAAAAGCGCUGGAAUGCACAGCAUCACCUGCAGGACAAGCUGCGGAACCAUGAGACAGAACUGCAGCAUCUCCGAGGCAUGGUGGACUGCUUGCGAGAGAAAAAUGAUAAGAAUACAGGGAUGCAAGCCCAGCUUCAGGAGUUGAAGGGACUGUAUCAGUCCAGCAAAGAUGAGCUGGAUCGGCAGAAGCACAUGUAUGACCAGCUGGAGCAGGAAUUCCUGCUCUGCCAGCAGGAGCUGUCAGAACUCAAGACCAACCAGCCUGUUUGUGAUGACGAGGGAAACUGUUCCAACAAGUGUGAUGCACUGCUGUCCACGACAGAAUUGCAGGACAAGUUCAAAGCCUGCCAGCAGGAGAUGGGGCACCUGCAGAUGGAGCAGUGUGAACUCCUGGAGGAUCAGAGGAGACUGCAGGAGGAGCAGGGCCAGUUGCAGGAAGAGUUGCACAGGCUCACAUUCCACAAACCAAAUGGCCUCUUGCAGAAGAGUCAGGAGCUGCUUUCAAAGCUACAAGACCUGUGUGAAAUGCAGCUGCUCUACCGCAUGCAGGACGAACAGAGGAAACUGAUAAAGAAUCAAGAAAGUGUUAAGGAACAGUUAGAAGCACACAGAGAACUUCGAGAUUUCAAAGAGUCUAAUUUCCAGGAAGUGUUGGCAAACCCUCAGGAUGCCAAAGGGCCUAAAUCUUCCAGUUGUGAGAAUAAGUUCCAAGGUGCUUGUGACCAGCUGCAGGCUCUGCAGAUGCUAUACGACAGCAGUCAGAGGCAGCAGGAGCUACUGCAGCAGGAGCAUGGGCUCCUAGAAGAGCGGAGGAGGCUGGCAGGCUGAGCUAUCAGCUCUGCCAUGAAGAGAAUGCAGCUGCUCAAACUCAGUCCCCACCAUAAAAUGAGUCUUGAGUCCUACAGAGAAACUUAGGCAGCAUGCCCCCCCAGCAGUGACAGCUUCCACAGGAGUUAUGACAGCACCGUCGAGGACAGUGAGUGCUAUCAAAAGAGUUACGUAAGCUCACAGGUCAGCAAUGAAAGCUUCCUCAAGAGCUAUGACAGCGCGCCAGUUGCAAUGAGGCCUAUCAAAGAGCUUACCGCUCCAGUAAACACGAGUGUGGGCCUACAGAAGAGCUACGGCAGUGCCGCCAGCUCUGAGAUUCACAAGAGUUACGCUAGCGUGGCACCGAUGAGGACCCUGCUUGAGCCUGAAGACAUAGAGCACUUUGAGGAAACAGGCAAGGUGCUGACCAAGUUGCAGGCAGUGAAGGCCCUGUACCAGGUGAGCCAGGAGGACCAAUGGCAGCUGCAGGAGCAGAUGUGCAGGCUGUCUGGUGAAAGAGAGAGGCUGAAGGAGGAGCUAGACAUCUGUGAGAAGGAGCUGAAGGAGUGCAUAGAGAGCCUCGAGAAGCCCCGGCUUCCCCAGGAGCGGACAAAGAAUGAGAUCAAAGAACUGCAGACUAAACUGCGGGAGCUGCAGCUGCAAUACCAGGCUAGCAUGGAUGAGCAGGGGCGGCUUCUGGCAGUGCAGGAACAGCUGGAGGGGCAGCUGCAGUGCUGUCAGGAAGAACUCCGCCAGCUCAAAGAGAGCAGGUCCUCUAUUAGCUCCGAGGCCAGGGGGAAGAAUGGCAAUAAGAACAUGAACAAGAAUGCCAAUGGAGUAAAAAACAAGAAGCUGAGCAAGGCAUGCUCAGAGAUCUCGGACGGCAGCUUUGACAACAGAAAGAACAUGUUUGGGAUGUGGAAGCCUGUGGUAUUCUUGGCGAUUGCAGCAGUGGCUCUGUAUGUGUUACCCAACAUGCGACCGCAAGAUACAGAAUACUGCUACAUGAAGUGA